AUGGGCCGAGCAAAAGACCGCGGGCAGUCGCGAUGGUUCAUCAAGGAGAAGCCGUUGGAUGAUCAAGUCAAAGCCUGUCGCAAGUCCCUGGAAGCAGCCGAGCGAUCCGGCCGCAACAAUAUCGCCGAAGCCCUGCGAGUAAAGCUGGCUCGUCUCACCGCAUCCCGCCCGGCCGGCGCAGAGCCAGACAGAAGAUUGGAGAAGCAGGCAUAUGGUGUGCAAAUUGCCGAGAGGGCACCCAAGAAGGGCAAGAAGAAGCAGGCCGUUGCGCAAGACACGGACACGCAGCCUGUCAGACCAAAACCUCUGCAGCCGCUGGGGCAAGCGCGAAGGAAAGCUUCAAGAUCAACUGCGACGCCUGGGCAAAAGAGUGCAGACUUUGCAAAGGUUCAAAAACAGGAAGCUACAAUAUCAAGCAAGACAAGUCGCACGAAUCAAUCGGCAGGCGUAAAGCGUGCCCAGAAGCCUUGCCGAAAAAAGAUUGCAAAAGGGCUGCUAGGCAAGAGGCCAAAGAUCGAUGACAAAGGUGCCGCUGGACGCAGCGCGCAGCAAAAGCAAACCGCUGUGGACUUACUGCUGAAGGCUGCCGCAAAGGCCCGUGCUCUGCGCCUGGCCGCAGGCGAGGAGUCGGAAGAAGAGGCGCCACUGCCUGACCUGCCAAUGGCAAAGAUAGGGCUGGGCGAAGACACGGGGCAAGCUGCUGAAGAUCCCGUGUGUCCAGCCGUGUUGUCGGACAUUGACUUCGACGGUGAGGGUGAGGGUGAGGGUGAGGGUGAGGAAGAAGAGGAGGAGGAGGAGGAAGAGCCGGCUACGGAGGAUAUCCAAGCCAUCCACACUGGGGAAGACCAGCCUCGACAGAAGGAUGGCUCAGCUGAUGAGAAAGAGGAGGAGGACGACGACUUUUUCGACCUUGCCGAAGACCUCACUAUGCCGCCUGAUGCUUGGCCAAGUUCAGCUCGCCUAAUGAACAUGACAUGA